AUGGAAAAUUGCUUAGGUGUUUUAUAAAAAGCAUUUAAUAAAAAAAUCAAAAUUAAUAUGAACGUAGAGGAGAGACCUGGAACAUCGUUUACGUCGAAGAGACAGGUUCAGACUGAGCAGAGGAAGAGAUAGCAAAUGAAUUUGGGCACUUUGGAGACUGAGGAUAAAAGUACAGGAAUGAAAAUGAGACCAAUUACUCAAGACCAGCAGAGAAACAGUUUGCAAUAGAAGAGAUAGAAGAUGAUUCCUUAGGCAAUUUUAUACGACAGGGAAUCUUUGUAUGAGGAAGUUAUUAAUGCAAAAUAAAUCAAUAACAACUUGGCGAGAGAGAACCAGGCUCUACAUACCAAAAUAAAAAUGAUGGAUGAAGAAUUACAAAGAAUGGUUAGAGCAACUCCGAUAAGCGAGCAAGUGGUCAACAACAUGGAAUCAUUUUAUUAGGAUUGCAAGCCUUCGAAGCAGCAUCUGAUUAUGGAUCUAAAGAAACAACUGAGGAGAUUGCAAGAGGAAUCGAUCAAAAAGGAUCAGCAAAUACAAUUUCUGUAAAAAAAUACAAAAGCAAUGAAAAUAAAAGAACUGGAAAUCGAAUUAAUGUCCUAUCAGCAAGAAGCACAGAGAUUAAAGGCUUUGAUCGGAAUGAAAUAUAAUGAUUCCGAUAAUGAUCUUCUCAGAUUGAGAGCUGAUUAUAAGCUAUUGGAGGAUGAAUUAAAACAAUUGAAAGUCAAAUGCAAAGAAUCUGAAUCAAAAGCUACCAUGUAUUAUAAUGAAAAACUUAAAAAGGAUAAAUUGAAUCAAUAUUUAAAAAAUCAGAUUGAAAGUUUAAAAUUUAAAGAUCCAGAAUAUAAGAAACAGAACAAAAUUACUGAAAAUGAAUAGUAAUUGAAAUAAGAUAUUGAUUAAAAGUAAGUUUAAAUAGACACAUUGAUAAGUAGUUUGAAAGCCAAAGAUGCUCAAUAUGCAGAAUUGGAUAAGAGAAUGAAAGAGUUGGAGAGAGAGCAGCAGCAGAUAAUUGAUUAAUUAGAGAGAGACAGAUAAUAAUUGAGAGAAUAAUAUAAUUCUCUUAAAGAAGAAGUUGCAAUGCAAUCAGGCAGAAGGAGAACUGUUUAAAAUAAUAGUUUUUUUGAGAAUAAACUUGAAAUUCUACCUGAAGGUCCAGAGAUUACAGAUCAAAAAAAGAAAUUGUUGCCUUGUGUGACUAAGGAUGACGUAAAUUUGAUAUGCAAAUCGAUCAAAUUCAAACUGAAAGCUAUGAAAGUGCCUUUUGAGAAGAUCGACAAUGUAAUGUUUAUUCAUGGGGAUGCUCACUCAGUUAUCAGAAUUGAGGAAUUAAAUGAUAUGUUGUAGGAUGAACCUUUCUUGUUAAAUGAAGCCGAUAGUCUUAAGGUGGCGAGAUACUUGAUUGAAGAUAACGAUGAUAGAUUUGUUGAGUUUAGCAUGUUAACUGAAGGUUUAAUAGCAAGAGCCAAGAGUAUACUAAAGAAUUUGAUUGGAAAAUACACACUUUUAGAAAAAAGUGAUGAAGAUUAGCUAUUCUUUGAAAUUGGAUCUGUUCUAUCGAAAUAUAGAAUCUCUUUAGAGGAUUUCAUCUUGAGAUCAAAGAAGAAACAAGAGUUUUGUACAGUGGAGGAUCUUGAGGAGGCUCUUAAGUUCGUUGAAUAAACCUUUAAUUCUACUUAAUACGAAUUUUUACUAUUGAAGAAUUAUGAAUUAACACAAGAAUUAAUUCAGAUUAAUUACAAAAAAUUGUUUGAGUUGUUCUAUGUUGAUUUAUAAGUUCAACACAAAACAAAAAGUGAAAGUGAUUUACCAAAAGAAUAAGUUAAGAUUACAACACAUUAGGAAUAAAAUCAUAAUGAAAACAACGAUUUGUAGAUAUAGAAAUAAAAAUAAAAGUAAGAAGAACUCUAAUAAUAAUAAUUAAAGAAAUAAAAAGAGGAAGAGGAACAAAGAAGAUUGUUAUAAUUAUAAUAGGAGCAGGAAAGGUAGAGAUAAUUUGAAUUGGAAAGGGAGGAGGAAGAAUAGAGAAGAUUAGAAUAAUAAUGGAAGGAAGAGGAAGAGGAGAGAAAGAGGUAGGAAGAGGAAGAAAGAGUGAAGUAGGAGAAUGAAGCGAAAAGGUAAAAAUUAUUAGAAGACACGAGAAAGUAAUAAGAAGAGGAGGAGAAUUUGAGAAAGCAUCAAGAAGAACAAAGACAAUAACAAAAGGCAGAAGAGGAAAGAUUGCAUAAAUUAAGGGAGGAGGAAAAGAGAUUACAUUAGGAGCAAUUAGAGAAAUAGAAAUUGGAGGAAGAAUAGAAGAAAUUAGAAGAAGAAUAUGAAUAAUAAGCUGAGUUUGACAAAGAAUAGAAUGGAUAGGAUAACAAUGAAGAGUAUAAUGACCAAUAGUUUGACUAGUAGCAAUCGGAGAAAUAAAUUAGUGAAGCAUAAAAUAAGAGCUAGAAAGAUUAUGAGGAGGAGGAAUUUGAAUAAUGA